AUGGCUCUCAUACAGACUAAGAAACUCCUUCUCGUCAUCGGCGCCACUGGCGCACAAGGCAUCGCGGUCAUUGACGGACUACUUGCGCCUUCCGACGACGGCUCGCCAUCGCCAUACGCUAUCCGCGCCCUGACUCGGGACCCAGACAGUCGCCGCGCCAAGGAGCUCGCGGCGAGAGGCGUCGACGUAGUCCGAGGCGCAUUCGAUGACCUCGCGUCUGUGGCGGCUGCCUUGCAAGGUGUCUACGGUGCUUUCAUUAACACCGACGGCUUUACGGUGGGCGAGCAGAAGGAAACGUGGGCAGGCAUCAGGAUCUUCGAGCUGGCGAAGCAGACCGGGGUGCGCCAUUACAUCUGGAGUAACCUGGAUUACGGCUUCAAGCUGUCGAACUACAACACCACCUACAAAUGCGAGCACUAUGACGGCAAGGGCCGCGUCGCAGACUUCAUGCAAGCCCAACCGUCCAUCGUUAGUGAGACCGACAUGACGUGGUCUGUGAUCACAUCGGGGCCAUACAUGGAGAUGUUGUACAACUACAUGUUUGGUCCGCUGAAGAAGCGUGAGGAUGGCACGGUCGUCUUCGCCACACCGGUGGGCAACGGCCACGUCCCGAUGAUCGCGCUCGAGGACUUUGGGUUCUUCGCCCGCUACACCUUCGACAACCGGGAGCUCACCUCCGCGCAGGACCUGCAGAUCGCGACGGACAGGGUCGGCUGGGAGUAUCUGAAGGCCACCUUCGAGAAGAACAUGAAGAACGUCGACCAUCCCGUCGCGAACGAGCGUCCUUUCGGCGACGGCUCUACGACGUGGCGGCAGAACUUCAGCGCGUGGUGGGCCCUCUGGCGGGACGACAUCAUCCCGAGAGACUACGAGUGGGUCCGUCGCGUCCAUCCGACAGGGUAUACUCUGGAGAGCUGGAUGAGGGCAAAGAGGUACGGCGAGCAUCGUCUGUGGGAGAAGGUGACUCUUCUCAAGAAUACCGAGGAUGGAAAGAUGAUCAUGCCGGACCUUGACUAUAUCGAGAAGACCCUGUAG